CCGGUGCGAGUCUGACGUGAGAGCGUUGUUUGUGGAGUGUUUGGCUAACCCGGGGCACAGAGUGUAACUCUGCCGGUGGAGGGGGCUUUUUCUACCGUCAGGCUAACCGAGCGCGGUCGGAGGCACACCGGGGAAAGACGACGAGCCGGGUCCAGGUGCUGUUUACCGUCCAACUAACCCGGGAUCGUUUGUGUUGCAGUGGCGCUUUCCUGGUCUUUCUGUGGUAAACGCGUGUGCUCUGAUGUUUCACGGACUCGUGGCUGUGAUCUGAUGAUGGGACAGCGUGCUGCUGGGAGUGACUGCAGCCCUGGAGGCUGAUGAAUCUGCUCCGUCAGCCAGUCAGGAUGCACAUAGCUUCAGUCGGGGUCAGCAAGUUCUGCUUCCUGUUUUCUCUCGCAUUCUGCGGCCUCCUGCUCCUGCUCAUUCCAGCUCUCCGGCCCCCCGCACGCCAGGUGGAGCUGCCUAAGCCCCGACCCCAGGUCAGACCUGCCCAGGCGGGGACGUCACACCAAGUCAGGAUUCCAGCAGGUUUUUUACAUGUUGGGGACAAAGAGAUAACAGCAGGUCUUAAGAGGAGCUCAGAAGGGCUGGGGAAACCCAUCAAAACUGAAAUGAGCAGGAACAGCAAUCCCAAAACAGGAAAGGGCAUCAGAAGAAUCCCCGAAAGAGGCGUUGGUGGACCUCGAGAGUAUAAGUCACAUGACAAGUUGGAGCUGAAGGACAUUUUUAUUGCAGUAAAGACAACCAGGAAGUAUCACAAGUCCAGACUGGAGCUGCUCAUUCAGACCUGGGUGUCUCAAGCUAAAGAACAGACUUUCAUUUUCACUGAUGGUGAUGACAAGGAGCUGCAAACGAGGACUGGCGCUAACAUCAUCAACACUAACUGCUCAGCAGCUCACACCCGACAGGCUCUGUGCUGCAAGAUGUCUGUAGAGUACGAUAAAUUCAUCGAGUCUCAGAGGAAGUGGUUCUGCCACGUGGACGAUGACAACUACGUGAUCCUGCCCAGCCUGCUGCGGCUGCUCUCGUCUUACCACCACAGCCAGGACGUCUACCUGGGCCGGCCCAGCCUGGAUCACCCUAUAGAGGCUGCAGAGAGGGUCAAGAGUGACGGUUCGGUGUCUGUCAAGUUCUGGUUCGCCACAGGUGGAGCAGGUUUCUGUAUCAGUCGAGGUCUGGCCCUGAAAAUGAGUCCGUGGGCCAGUUUGGGGAAUUUCAUCAGCACAGCAGAGAAGAUCCGACUUCCAGAUGACUGCACCAUCGGCUACAUCAUCGAGGCGCUGUUGGAGGUCGCUUUGACGCACACGCACCUUUUCCACUCUCACCUGGAGAACCUGCAGAAGCUGCCCAUUGACUCUGUGCUGGAGCAGGUGAGCGAGAGGUGACCGGGGACGGCGUUUUACAGAAGCUCGGAAACCAAACCUGAAAAACGUCUAAAUGUAGUUCAGUUAACAGAUUUAAAAAAUGACCCACAAAACCAGUGUGAACUAAA